AUGGUGAAUUAUUACGAAGUCCUAGGACUGCAUCAAAAUGCCUCACAAGAAGAUAUUAGGAAGGCCUACCAUAAGCUGGCAUUGAAGUGGCACCCUGAUAAGAACCCUUAUAACAAGGAAGAAGCAGAGAAGAAAUUCAAAGCAGUGGCCGAGGCCUACGAAGUUCUGUCAGAUCCUCAGAAACGUUCUCUCUAUGACAGGCCUGUCAAAGAACCAAGGUACCGAGGGAGAGGAGCUUCCGGAGGCCAUUCCCACAGUCCAUUUGAUUUUGACUUUGUGUUCCGCAGCCCUGAGGAGAUCUUCAGGGAGUUUUUUGGAGGAAUGGACAUCUUUGCCCAUGACUUCUGGGACAACCAGUUUGAUGAUGACAACAACGGAGGGGAAAACAGAGGUGGGCCCCUGGGUCUCUUUUCUGGGCUUAGUGCCUUUACCAACUUUGGAUUCAACACCUUCGGGCCUGGCUUGCACACGAUGUUCUCCUGCAGGUCCUUUGGUGAUGACAGCAGUGGAGCACAGAACUUCCGAUCUGUCGCGACUUCGACUGAAGUGAUCAACGGACGACGGAUCACCACGCGCAAAAUUGUCGAAAAUGGACAAGAAAGAGUUGAAAUCGAGGAGGACGGUCAACUGAAGUCCAUAAGAGUAAAUGGAAGGGAACAGUUGAAAUGCUAG